AUGAUGGACAGAUAUUCAAUGCCAACCGCUGUAACAAAACUAAAUGACAGGGACAACGAUACGUUGGAGAAGAAACCAUUUAAACACAGUGAUUGGUACAAUGAGGGCGAACAGCAAACGCAAUCUGAUAUUAUGAGAAUUAUCUGUCUGGGACGAACUGGAGCUGGAAAAAGUUCACUUGGUAAUACAUUAUUGGGACAAAAAUGGUUUAAAUCGAAGCAAUCAACAAAAUCUGUAACGGAAAAAUGUGCUGUUGGUAAUCGCCUUUUCAAAGGUAUUCAGAUGAGUGUUGUUGAUACUCCGGGAUUGUUCGAUAAUAAAUUGUCACAAUCGGAAUGUCACAAAGAGAUCGCUCGUUGUAUUCAAACAGUCGUUCCCGGACCGCAUGCCUUUCUUAUUGUUAUUCGUUGUGAUACACGGUUUACGCCAGAAGAAAAAGCUUGUAUAAUAUGGAUCAAGGAAAAAUUUGGCGAAAAAGCUCUUGACUAUUGUAUUGUUGUUAUGACACAUCUGGAUUCGGUUGAAAAAGAUGAUCAGACAAUUGAGCAAUUUAUUAAGGAUGGCGAUGAGGAAAUAAAAGAACUAAUAACUAAGUGUGGCGGACGUUAUUGUGCGGUAAACAAUGAUGCAUCGGCUGAAGAGAAAGACAUUGUACUUAUCAAAUUAUUACAAAUAAUUUCGAUAAUGAUUAAAGCAAAUGAUGGUAAAGUAUUCACGAAUGAGAUGAUAAGACGGUUGACAAAAGCUCUUCGACGAAAUAAGGAAGCCCAUGGAGAAUAUAAAAUGAUUGAACCAGAUGGAACUAUAAAUCCGCUGCCUGAAGUUGAAGAAGAAGUAGCGGAAUAUUAUCAAAAUCAUCACUGA